UUAUUUUACUCAUUCUCUUUUUAUCAUCCUCAAAUCAUGCAUAACAAGUCAAUGACCUCCUAUUUCUCAGUUUAGUUACUCAAAAAGUCAGUGAAUUUGUUACCAUAAAACAAGAAAUGAGCAAAAGUGGGACAAACCAGGCUUGUGCUAGGUGCAGAUAUCAGAGGAGAAAGUGUACUUCAGAAUGUGUGCUUGCUCCGUUUUUUCCAGCUGACCAACCAACGAUUUUCCAGAAUGCACAUAAACUAUUCGGAGUUGGCAAUAUUUUGAAAAUUCUCAAGGACCUCGACGAGACUCAGAAGACGGAGGCGAUGAAAUCCAUUAUCUAUGAGGCUAAUAUUCGCGAAAAAUUUCCUGUGCAUGGUUGUUUAGGUGUAGUAAUGCAGUAUCAGUACCAGAUUCAGCAGAUGCAGGAAGAACUGCAAAUUGUUUUAUCACAACUUGCUUUCUGGAAACAGCGAUUACCACGAGAUGAUCCAUCACAAGUUCUGUCAGGCUUGUCAGUGACACCAGUACCUCAAAAUGCAGUUGAUUUUUAUGAAACUCAAUGUAUCAAUCAUGUGACAUUGCCAAUUGCUUCUGAUCCUCUGUUCUUUGGUAGUGGCAAUGUGAGUCAUGAUCAUGUACAUGGCGCUGGUCCUUAUAAUGGUAGCUAUAAUGUAGUCGAUUCCUUGAGGAUCCAAACGGAUGACAACCAAAUGGUGCAAAACCAAUUGCAAGCACUGAAUGUUCAGCAAGAUGUGGUGGAUGAAGAUUAUGAAUUUAUUGAUGCUAUUGAUGACAGACAAUCCUUGGUUGAUUCAAAGGAAACCGGUCAAUUGAGUUUGGACUCACGCGUGAAAGAUUCUAGGAGUCUGUUGGGCACAUUGGUGUGA